AGCUAAUAAGGAACUCAAAACUGGUCUUUUAAUAAUUCCUUCUCCAUAAUGCAAGAAAAGAUUAUUCCUUGCCAGUCCCAGAUGAACUAAAGUGAGAUCUGACUGACAACCUUAAUUUAUUGUCCCAAAUCUCAUUCAUUUCAAUACCAAGCAAAGACACAAAGCUAGCCCAACUUCAUCUAAAGCACCCACAGAAACAAUUAAUAAUGCUUUUGUUAACAUGCUUUAUGUCUCAGUACCCGGUUCUUGAACCAUUGUUGUCCCCACAAUGCAUCAUUCACCAUCUACCUCCCAUUUGGUAAUGCUAAUUUCGUUUUUUCUGGCAUCAAAAUUACUACUCUUCCCAGGAGUCGAAGGGACAAUUGGGGUCAACUAUGGCAUCGUCGCUAGCAACCUCCCUCCACCAGCUCAAGUGGCGCAUUUCCUUGUAGAAUCCACCAUCAUCAGCCGCGUUCGGUUGUUUGACGCCGACUCCAACAUUCUAAAAGCCUUUGCCCACACCGGCAUUGCCGUCUCUGUAACUGUUCCAAAUGAUGAAAUUCCUCGCCUUACCAAACUGAAUUUUGCUCAACAAUGGGUGGAAAACAAUAUCCAACCUUACACACCGAACACAAAUAUCGUCCGUAUUUUAGUAGGCAAUGAAGUACUAUCAACAGCAAACAAAUUGUUGAUAGGAAGUGUAGUUCCUGCUAUGCAAAAUCUCCACUCUGCCCUUUUCGAAGCUUCAUUAGAUCGUAGAAUCCAAGUCUCCACACCGCACUCUUUAGGCAUUAUCUCAAAUUCAAGCCCACCGUCGACCGCAAUGUUUCGACAAGGAUACGACACUUAUGUACUUAAACCCUUGCUUAGCUUCCUUAGAGCUACAAAUUCACCUUUUAUGGUAAACCCAUAUCCAUUUUUUGGUUGCUCACUUGAUACACUCGAUUUUGCCUUGUUUCGGCCUAAUGCUGGAGUGUUGGAUGAAAACACAGGGCAUGUUUACACAAAUAUGUUCGAUGCUCAGUUAGAUUCGGUCUUUUCGGCCAUGAAAUUCUUAGGAUUUGAUGAUGUCGAGAUUGUUAUAGCUGAAACCGGUUGGCCAUCGAUGGGGGACUCCACCCAAGUUGGUGUUGAUGCAAAGAGUGCAGCUGAGUACAACGGCAACUUGAUACGACACGUAAUAUCUGGUGCUGGCACACCACUAAUGCCCAACCGCACAUUUGAGACCUACAUUUUUGCGCUUUUCAAUGAGGAUCUCAAGGAAGGGCCCACGUGUGAGAGAAAUUUUGGGCUAUUCCACACAAAUAUGACACCCGUUUAUGACAACCGGAUCCUACAGCGCACGACAGCUGCUGCUGCUGCCAAUUUUCACCCUGUUACGUGUUUGUUGGUCAUUACCAUUGGCUUUCUAGUUCUAGCAAUCAAUCAUCAUGGUGAAAUAUAAAUAUAAUCGUUAGAGGACAGCUAGAAAAUUUAAGUGCAAAUCUUGAAAAAUCGAGGCCCUUUUCACAAAAUCAACACCGGAUCUGCAAAGAUGCGUUGCAAUCAUGUUUAUAAACUUUUGGCAUCAAUCGUCCUAAAAUUUCCCUUUUUACUGUCGGUUUUGGAUUUGAAACCAAUUUCUAAGUUUUUGUUAUUUAAUUAUUUCCUUUUUCUUUCUAAUUUAAUUUAAGGGGUAAAUAUCAAUUUUAUCUAUAAA